GAACGCAAGUUGCGUCGGCGCCAACUGGGCCACUGUCAAAACAUAUUUUUUGUAAAUAAUUCCACAAUUAAUUUAAAAAAUCAUCUUAAAUCACCUGCAAGUAACAAAUUGGCUAUCAAAUGUAUGCAGUAAGCUAAAAGUGAACUUUGCUCAAUUUCCGAGUGUGCGUUUUAAUUGAGAAUCUGUUAUUGUGUGUGGUAACCACAUCAAAAGCCCACAGGUACAAGUCCAAACAGUCGAAAUUGCUGGCCUGACACGCAGAAAGGCAUCGAAAAAAUGUCGGUAAUCGAGUACGACCUGGACACCUCCGGCGGCCUGAUGGAACAAAUCCAGGCGUUGAUCGCGCCGCCGAAGGGCGACAGCAAGGAGGAGAAGAAAACGGAACAUCCUUACUACAAGCGGCCGGGCAAGGGUCACAACCACGACAGUUGCGACGCUUGCAGCGAAGGCGGCGACCUGAUCUGCUGCGACAAGUGUCCGAGCAGCUUCCAUCUGGCGUGCCACGAUCCGCCGUUGGAGGAGACUGACAUACCUAAGGGGGAAUGGCUGUGCCAUUCCUGCAUACACGCGAAAAAGAAGCCGCAGCUGCGGCUGAAGAGGUCCGUCUCGAUGCCUGCGGAGGCCACCCCCAAGCCAGUGGCCAAGAAACAGAAAAUGUUGAGUCCUAUUGAAAUGUUGAUUGAGGCAGCCCAGGCAAUGAAUCCCAGGCAGUUUGAGUUGCCAAGGAGCAUGAGCAUACCUUGCAUAUUCCCUGGCACUGAUAAAGCGGAGAUACCGUAUUCACGAACGGGCCGAAAGCCACUUAAGGUGACGAAAAGAGACCACGAAAGAACGUUCGGAGGCACGAUACCUCUCCCAUCCAAAAAAUGCAACGAAUGUCGAAAAUCGUGCAGAGUGGCCCCUUUGUUGGCUUGCGACUUUUGCACCCUUUUCUAUCAUUUAGAUUGCCUGGAUCCUCCGUUAACGACGCCGCCCUCCGGACGCUGGAUGUGCCCCAAUCACGUGGAACAUUGCCUGGACUCGAAACUGUUGCGCUCAGUCUCUGCCACCGAACGCACGCAACUGUGGGAGAAAUUCACCGGCCCCGUCGACCAGGAGGCGAUCAAGAUGGAGUUUUUCCGAACCGUUCACCGCACCAAUCCGCCAUUCAAGAUGAAGGUGCGCCGGGAGCUUAAGCAGCGUGCCAAAAUCCCCGAAAUGGUGCGGCAUCACUACAAGAACCCUAUAGAGCUGUUGCCCACGUUGAGGGACGUGCUGCGGAUAGAGGUGGACGGCGACGACAUCAAGUCGGAGGACGGCGGCGACCCGUUGGACGUUGACGACAUUAAAGAGGAAGACAGUGAGAUGAUUAGUGUAAGUGAAUGCGUGACGAACGAGGAUGGUGUUAGGAUUAGGGAGGACGACACGAACUGUACGUUGAACGGUUUCGUUAAGAACGGCGGUGACUUUAAUGACGUUAUUAAAAAGGAGAACUAUCUGAUGAGCGAGUUUAUCAGCGGUAUCACUACUGAAGUCGAAUUGGAGCUGAAGCAGCUGGACGAACGUCUGAUAAAGCUGCUGGCGUUCCAACGGAUCCAGGAGCUGCUGGCUCAAAAUACCAACAACUCGACGUCCUAUUUCUCGCCGAGCCUCCAGAACAAACUGAGGCAGAUGCCGUUGCCCAGCGAGCUGUUGACGCCCGCAGACAUCGACCGAAUAGCCAGGGUAUUCAGCACACCCAAGAAGAAGAAGCCGAGGAAUGUGAUCAGGGCUAGAGCCAUGGUUUGUCCGGUGGUUUCCAAGCACUUCUACAACGUUAGGACGUCGGAGGUGGACCCCACCGAUGUAAGACACGACGCCAGCUUCUUGGGAUUCAGGCCGACGGUUUCAGCACGUUUUCCUGAGGCUGUGGCGAUGAGGUUUCGCGUGCUCAAUAUUGGAAAAGGUUCCUUCAACGACGUGGACUUGGAACGGUUCGGUCAUUGUAAUUUUAUAUCUGCCAAACACGCCGUGGUGUUCUACGACGAGUACUCGAGGCACUACGAACUCCUGAACUACUCCCAGCACGGCACCUACGUGAACAACAUAUUCUACUCCAACGACCUGUCGAUAGACCGCCAAACCUGCGUACAAACCAACCCCGACCCCAAGUCCUCGAAAGUGGAGACCUCCGUGCGGGAACUGAUCGACAAGAAACGGAAACUGGGCCAACGACUGACGAGGAAAAACUCCACCGAAUCCGUCAAGGAGGAACAACAGUUCCGGGUGGACUGUCUGUGUUCGAGUGCCAGCGUGCCCGAAGAUCUCAAGCAGGGCUGGGAGGGUGCGGCCGUGCUAAGCCACGGCUCGUUGCUGCGUUUCGGUUGUAUUGCCUUCGUGUUCUCGAUCGUCGAUCGUGCCGUGUAAAACAGUAAAAAUGUUCUGGGGAAUCUAGAAACUGAGCAAUAAUAACAUUUACGGGGCCGAUUCGGAAAUUUUGUGGUCAAUUAAUUAACGUGGACCGUGUUCCUUCAUUUUCGAUUUUGAUUAUUUCUGUGAUUCGAGCGUUGAAACAUGAUGAUGGAAAUUUUUGUGAUAGUAGUUGAUUAGUUGUUUUCUUUAAUAUUAUUCUUUUGGUACACUUGUUAGUUAUAGUGCCCAGCACUAGUUACAUAAUUUGUAUAUAAUGGUCUAGUAAAUGUUUUAGCAGUUUUUAGAUUAACUGUAAAUAAAAUGAUGUUUUUGUAAGAAGUAAGUUAUGUAAGAAAUUUUUGUAAUUUAUUGGAUCUGACGAGAUGAUCAACAUAUUUAUUUUGACACUUGGCAAACUAUAGUACCGCAGUAUUGUUAUUUUCUAAGUGAAAAUAUUUAUUUUUGUUUGAAACAUGAGAGGAGAUUUUUAUGAAAAUAAAUUAUAUAACAAUC